AUGCCAAACACACGCAAUUCCAAAGACAAGCUCAACCCUCCUCCCCUACAAACUGCGAAAGUACAAGAGCUGGCGGUUCAGGCACAAGUGGACAAUGACAGAGACUCGAACCCUGAGCAGCGAGUAGUGGACCGCAUCAAGAAAUGUCUCCAACGGGGUCAUCAUCCAAACACUCCAGAGUCGGAAGCCAAAGCCGCACUGUAUCUGGCAAGCCGCCUGAUGAGUCAAUACAAUGUCACAAAUGCAGAUCUUAAAGAUCGGACUACCAACGAUGACGAUUACGCGGCGCUAGGAGGGCAGUCAGUGGUGGCUAUCACUAACACUAAAAGUAGUGAAGCAAAAGUCAUUUCCCAAACUUGGGUUCACGACAUUGCCGCGGCGAUGACCAUCUUCUUCGACUGCCAGACUUACUCCACGCAGCGUCUGACUUCCAUUGAGUGGACCUUUUACGGGAUUGCUGCGAACACGGUCGCCGCAGCAAUGGCCUUCGAAAUGGCUCAUAAUCUGACGCUCGAAUGGGCCAGGAGCAAAGCUGGCAAAAAAGGAAAACAUAGUUAUUGCCUAGGCGUUGGUAUUGGCCUGAAGAAUAUAGCUCAAAAGGACAAGAGAGAUGAGAAACAACGUGCAGAAGAGAUGGAAAGACGACGUGAGAGACAGCAAGAAGAGCACAUUCCCCAUCCUACAGAGGAUUCCAACGAUGAUCAGAAUGCGACCGCACGCUCAUCGCUAAAUGCCGGGGUCUCACUAUGCCUGGAGAAUGACGAGAAGCCGGCACUCAAGCUGGAGGAUAGUGACAAUAAUUCCUUCCACGCUGUAAGAGAGCAGGGAAAUACGACCGAUGACAGUGACGUCGAAGAUCAAAUGAUAUUCAAGGUGGAGGAAGAUGAGGAGGAGGGGAAGCGAACUACGAAGCCGGAGGACGGUGAAGACCAGAAUUUAGCGAGCUCAGAAAAUCAAGGAUGCGUCAGCGACGAGGAUGAAGUUGAGGCUGAAGUAACCUUUAAGGAAGAGGAAGAGAAGCCACUUGACCUGGACGCUGACUUUGAAGCACAACUUCGCGAGAUGGUUCCUGGUCAUGCUCCCGCAACCUCUGCAACUGUGGCUGACCGUGAUAGCGAAGGUCAACUCACGGUCAGUCCCUGGAAUUCGAGCCAGGCUCUGGUGCGAUUCCGUCAGUCUGCCGAGAAAGUUGCAGAAGAGUACUUGAAGGCACAGAAAACGAAGCUCAGCAAGGGCAGACGCAGAGAACGCAGGGUCAGAGACUAUUGUGCGUACCGAGAGGGAAUUGAAGACAGCAAGCAGAUCGACGUGAAGAGAAGAAGGAUCGAGGGUGCCUGA